AUGCCGGGAAACGUAGCCAAAUUCGUGAUAGUGAGGUCGCUUGACAAAGGUGUCAAAUCCGUUCAAGAUGUCAGCGCAUACGCUGGAAACAUCACCAAAAAGCUCGAUGAACUGAAGAAAUGUCUACCAGAACAAGUUAAACGAAUACAAGAUGCAAUCAAGGCCUUGUUUGGGAGACUCGCGAGAAUACAUCAGUUGGAGAUGAAGGCAAAAGAGCUAAUGAACCAUCGUCUUAAUGAGCUUAUAUCUGAGUCAGAGACUGUCUGUGCACGACUAAAAGACGGUGCAGCUUUAACGGUGGGUGAUAUCGAGAAUUUAAAAGGCUGUCUAGAAAGCUGGAAAAAAUCAAAACGAGAGAGCUUUGACGAAGAAAAACGUCGCAAAGAAGAAACAAGACGCCGUAAAGAGGAAGAAAAGAAACGACGUCGCGAAGAAGACGAGAAGCGAAAACAGGAAGAAGAAGAAAGGAGAAGACAAGAGGAAAAGGAGAGGAAACGGCACAAAGAAGAGGAGCGGAAAAGACGGGAAGAGGAAGAAAGGCAAAGGAAAGAAGAGGAAGAGCGACAGAGACGAGAGGAAAAAGGGAGAAAACAGGUAGAAGAAGAAAGGACACGACAAGAGGAGGAAGAGAGAAAACGGCGCAAAGAAGAAGAGCGGAGAAGACGGGAAGAGGAGGAAAGGCAAAGGAAAGAAGAUGAAGAGCGACAGAGAAGACAGGAAGAAGAGAGAAUAAAGCUGAAUAAGGAAAAAUUAGAGCGGGAAAUUGAACUACAAAUGCGAAACGCUGAGGCGAGAGAGAGGGAACGGCGAAGAAAGGAGGAAGAGGAACGGGCUAAGAGAAAGGAUCCCAACAAUUGGGAGCCAAUUGUUUACAACCGCCCUUGCGACGAAGUUAGAGGAAAGAAGGCGUUUCAUUCCGGCGUAUGUUGUAUGAUAACAGCGCCCCCGGGAGACAUCACGAGAGAAGAUGUGGAAUGUAACGCUUGUGACGAUCUUGAUGACGUCAUUAAGAUUCUUGACGACGGUGAAAAACCGGCUAGCUCGAUUAUUAAUAUUGAGUCAAAGAAAGGACUUGUUAAAUCAGAGUGUCUGUCACGAGUAUACAUCCCGCACUGCCCAGUCAACAGUUCGAGUGAUGAGUUGGUCCUGAAAGUUUCUGUAAAUGGAAGCGAAUGGGAAACAGCCGAGGUCGUUAGCCCAACUCAGGCAAUGUCGGAAAAUAAGGUUUCAUUAAUACUGCAGUUCCCAGUCAGUAACCUCGUCGGCAUUGAGUUAAGCGAGUUUGAGAAUAUAAAGAUCAUGGUAAUUGCAAGACCACGUGGUCAGACUGUGAUUGUCGACAAACCUGGACUGAAUUUCAACUCCAUUACCGACAAGAAUGUCAAACUGUUCCUGCCAAGAGAUGCAUUUCCAUCAAGGACUGAAGUUCGGCUGGUUGUUAACUCUAUUUCGCCCGAAACGAUAGCACAGAAUGCGAAAGACGACAGUCUUUGGGAAAAUGUAAUGUCGACAAGUUCUAUGAUAUCAAUCUUCUGUAGACGGGCGCCUACAAAAGAAAUUGAGGUUGACAUAACACAUCAGACCACAUCUUCAGGAGGGCGUAGUUCACGUGGAAAACUGUACCACAUGUUUUCAACAAGAGAUAAAGUAUGGAAAUUUGCGGACCUGGAGUACAAAGGGACCAAAGAUGUGGUAUCUGUUACCCUGCCUGCCUACAAGGACAGGUUCAGUUUAUUUGAACUUGAAAUGCCUGCCAACAUCCCUAAAGAAACAGCACUGAAGGUUGCGCAAUCAUGUCACGAACAAAUGUUUAAGUCCCCGGUGAGAAUUAUUGUACGGCAGCAUGAUGUUGAUCCCCAGAAAGCGUUAGUUAUGGUCGCAGGCAGUAAACAUGUGAGGAGUUUCAUUGAUCAAAUGAAGGAUGAUGGGUACAGUUAUGGUCCUGAUGUAACCAAGCAGUUUGGGCUAAAAGACGGACAGAGGUUGAUACUGACCUGCGCAGGAAACAUUGAUACAUCGUCGGGAAAAAACGGAGUGGUCUAUAUGAAUUCAAAAAUUCAUUGUAAUUUCAUUAAUUUAUUAAUUGUCGGUAAUGAUAAACAGAAUAUGACGCGUUUAAAACAAAAGUCGUACAGAAAUGCAAUACUUUUUUUAACCCAGGUCAAUAUGACAUUCUACACCUACAUGUACUUGAUUAAAGAACCUCUAAAACUACACGUGGUUGACAUGUACAGACAAAAGGAUCUCCAGGAAUACCGCGGGAUCAUUCGUCUCACGGUCGAUAAUGGGACAGAGGUCCCAGACGAGCAAUUGGAUUUGACUGUCACACUUCCAAAGAUUGAGAGACAAAAGACUUUAUUUCAAGGGACACGAGUUCGAUUUCCGUAUUAUCUCACUGCCCUGGCUGGUUUUCUCAGCCGACAAAUUUUUGAACAUGAUGAACUCUCUUGGAAGGAUGUCCUACUUGCCAUAGUUGGGAAACGUGAUUUGGAGUCCUUAAUCCGGGUUGCAAAGAGAAAAUGUGACGAUAACGAUGUUACAUCUGUUUGCACAGUUACUCUGUGUAAUUGGAUGAAGGCAACUUCUAGAAACGACGAUAAGGUAUAUCACAUUUUAGUUGCGCUUGACUGUGACGGCUUCCAUGAGUUACAUAAUAAAUGCAGUGCAUUUGUACAGUUCCAGAAAGAGGUAAUGACGGACACCUCUCUUUCGGAAAUAUCGUCAACAACUAGCAAAUCUGCUUAUGAGUUGGCGGUAGAUCUGAAUUUGGAUCAAGAGGCUGUUGACAGAUGCAAGAAAGAAUAUGGACAGGACAAUUUAGUCAAUCAUCUCUUGUACGAGUGGAGGGAAUCGGAUGAAGCAAUCAAGUAUGGCGAUCGGGCCUUGGAUAGGUUACGGACACUGUGUGGUGUUUGAAAUUUUGUUGUUAAAACAUAAUAAACGGGGAGGAUGAGAUGCCACCUCUGACUGUUUCUAUAAUCGUUUCCCCUUUCAUGCUCGAUCGGUAUCGCAUAAUUUGUUCUCGGUGCGUUUAGCACGCGAAAUAGAAACAUGGAAGACAUCCAUUUAUUAUUGUUUCGAAUAAAACAAACACUCUUUAAUGUAGAAAGUUUAACUUUGGCUUUUUUGUGAUUAUUAAACCAGUGCAAAUAAAAUUGCUCCAAGUGACCUGUAUCUUUGAAUGUUGUUGCUUAUUUUAAAAUAACCAAGGCGAAUAUAAAAACGUGCGUUACGAUUG